GAAAUAGUUAAUAUAUUCAAGAUAAUUACGUAUUUACAAAAUACCGUCUCAAUUCAUCCUAUUUCAUCAGAUCUGGGAUGUGAUACGGUUCCGAAGGAUGAACUGGAUAUGGACAGUUCCAAUAAGAUUUCAUUCUUGAACAAAAAUCCAUUUUUUUAUUUAUUUCAUCUAUUCCAUGAACGGAAGAGGGGGGGAUACACGUUACGCCACGAUUUUGAGUCAGAAGAGAGAUUUCAAGAAAUGGCAGAUCUAUUCACUCUAUCAAUAACCGAGCCGGAUCUGGUGUAUCAUAAGGGAUUUGCCUUUUCUAUUGAUUCCUACGGAUUGGAUCAAAGACAAUUCUUGAAGGAGGUUUUCAACUCCAGGGAUGAAUUGAAAAAGAAAUCUUUAUUGGUUCUACCUCCUAUUUUUUAUGAAGAAAAUGAAUCUUUUUAUCGAAGGAUCAGAAAAAAUUGGGUCCGGAUCUCCUGCGGGAAUUUUUUUGAAGAUCCAAAACCAAAAAGAGUGGUAUUUGCUAGCAACAACAUAAUGGAGGCAGUCAAUCAAUAUAGAUUGAUCCGAAAUCUGAUUCAAAUCCAAUUCCAAUAUAGUCCCUAUGGGUACAUAAGAAAUGUAUUGAAUCGAUUCUUUUUAAUGAAGAGACCUGAUCGCAACUUCGAAUAUGGAAUUCAAAGGGAUCUAAUAGGAAAUGAUACUCUGAAUCAUAGAACUAUAAUGAAAGAUACGAUCAACCAACAUUUAUCGAAUUUGAAAAAGAGUCAGAAGAAAUGGUUCGAUCCUCUUAUUUUUCUUUCUCGAACCGAGAGAUCCAUAAAUCGGGAUCCUAAUGCAUAUAGAUACAAAUGGUCCAAUGGGAGCAAGAAUUUCCAGGAGCAUUUGAAACAUUUCGUUUCUGAGCGGAAGAGCCGUUUUCAAGUAGUGUUCGAUCGAUUAUGUAUUAAUCAAUAUUCGAUUGAUUGGUCUGAGGUUAUUGAUAAAAAAGAUUUGUCUAAGUCACUUCGUUUCUUUUUGUCCAAGUUACUUCGUUUUUUGUCCAAGUUACUUCUCUUUUUGUCUAACUCACUUCCUUUUUUCUUUGUGAGUUUCGAGAAUAUCCCCAUUCAUAGGUCUGAGAUCCACAUCUAUGAAUUGAAAGGUCCGAACGAUCAACCCUGCAAUCAGUUGUUAGAAUCAAUAGGUCUUCAAAUCGUUCAUUUUAAAAAAUUGAAACCCUUUUUAUUGGAUGAUCAUAAUACUUCUCAAAAAUCGAAAUUCUUGAUCAAUGGAGGAACAAUAUCACCAUUUUUGUUCAAUAAGAUACCAAAGUGGAUGAUUGACUCAUUCCAUACUAGAAAGAAUCGCAGGAAAUCUUUUGAUAACACGGAUUCCUAUUUCUCAAUCGUAUCCCACGAUCAAGACAAUUGGCUGAAUCCCGUGAAACCAUUUCAGAGAAGUUCAUUGAUAUCUUCUUUUUCUAAAGCAAAUCGACUUCGAUUCUUGAAUAAUCCACAUCACUUCUGCUUCUAUUGUAACAAAAGAUUCCCUUUUUAUGUGGAAAAGGCCCGUCUCAAUAAUUCUGAUUUUACGUAUGGACAAUUCCUCACUAUCUUGUUCAUUCACAACAAAAUAUUUUCUUCGUGUGGUGGUAAAAAAAAACAUGCUUUUUUGGAGAGAGAUACUAUUUCACCUUCGUCAAUCGAGUCACAGGUAUCUAACAUAUUCAUAUCUAACGAUUUUCCACAAAGUGGUGACGAAAGGUAUAACUUGUACAAAUCUUUCCAUUUUCCAAUUCGAUCCGAUCCAUUAGUUCGUAGAGCUAUUUACUCGAUUGCAGACAUUUCUGGAACACCUCUAAUAGAGGGACAAAGAGUAAAUUUGGAAAGAACGUAUUGUCAAACUCUUUCAGAUAUGAAUCUAUCCGAUUCAGAAGAGAAGAGCUUGCAUCAGUAUCUCAAUUUCAAUUCAAACGUGGGUUUGAUUCACACUCCAUGUUCUGAGAAAUAUUUACAGAGGAAAAAACGGAGUCUUUGCCUAAAAAAAUGCGUUGACAAAGGGCAGAUGGAUAGAACCUUUCAACGAGAUAGUGCUUUUUCAACUCUCUCAAAAUGGAAUCUAUUCCAAACAUAUAUGCCAUGGUUCUUUACUUCGACAGGGUACAAAUAUCUAAAUUUGAUAUUUUUAGAUAUUUUUUCAGACCUAUUGCGGAUACUAAGUAGCAGUCAAAAAUUUGUAUCCAUUUUUCAUGAUAUUAUGUAUGGAUUAGAUAUAUCAUGGCGAAUUCUUCAGAAAAAAUUGUGUCUUCCACAAAGGAAUCUGAUAAGUGAGAUUUCGAGUAAGUCUUUACAUAAUCUUCUUCUGUCCGAAGAAAUGAUUCAUCGAAAUAAUGAGUCAUCGUUGAUAUCGACACAUCUGAGAUCGCCAAAUGUUCGUGAGGUCCUCUAUUCAAUCCUUUUCCUUCUUCUUGUUGCUGGAUAUAUCGUUCGUACACAUCUUCUCUUUGUUUCCCGAGCCUAUAGUGAGUUACAGACAGAGUUCGAAAAGAUCAAAUCUUUGAUGAUUCCAUCAUACAUGAUUGAGUUGCGAAAACUUCUGGAUAGGUAUCCUACAUCUGAACAGAAUUCUUUCUGGUUAAAGAAUCUUUUUCUAGUUGCUCUGGAACAAUUAGGAGAUUGUCUAGAAGAAAUACGGGGUUCUGGCGGCAACAUGCUAUGGGGUGGUGAUCCCGCUUAUGGGGUCAAAUCAAUACGUUCUAAGAAGACAGAUUUGAAAAUAAACUUCAUCGAUAUCAUCGAUCUCAUAAGUAUCAUACCAAAUCCCAUCAAUCGAAUCACUUUUUCGAGAAAUACGAGACAUCUAAGUCAUACAAGUAAAGACAUCUAUUCAUUGAUAAGAAAAAGAAAAAACGUGAGCGGUGAUUGGAUUGAUGAUAAAAUAGAAUCCUGGGUCGCGAACAGUGAUUCGAUUGAUGAUAAAGAAAGAGAAUUCUUGGUUCAGUUCUCCACCUUAAGGGCAGAAAAAAGGAUUGAUCAAAUUCUAUUGAGUCUGACUCAUAGUGAUCAUUUAUCAAAGAAUGACUCUGGUUAUCAAAUGAUUGAACAACCGGGAACAAUUUACUUACGAUACUUAGUUGACAUUCAUAAAAAGUAUCUAAUGAAUUAUGAGUUCAAUACAUCCUGUUUAGCAGAAAGACGGAUAUUCCUUGCUCAUUAUCAGACAAUCACUUAUUCACAAACUUCGUGUGGGGCUAAUAGUUUUCAUUUCCCGUCUCAUGGAAAACCCUUUUCGCUCCGCUUAGCCCUAUCCCCCUCUAGGAGUAUUUUAGUGAUAGGUUCUAUAGGAACCGGACGAUCCUAUUUGGUCAAAUACCUAGCGACAAACUCCUAUGUUCCUUUCAUUACAGUAUGUCUGAACAAGUUCCUGGAUAACAAGCCGAAAGGUUUUUUUCUUGAUGAUAUCGAUAUUGAUGAUAGUGACGAUAUUGAUGCUAGUAACGAUAUUGAUCGUGAACUUGAUACGGAGCUGGAGCUUCUAACUAUGAUGAAUGCGCUAACUAUGGAUAUGAUGUCGGAAAUAGACCGAUUUUAUAUCACCCUUCAAUUCGAAUUAGCAAAAGCAAUGUCUCCUUGCAUAAUAUGGAUUCCAAACAUUCAUGAUCUUGAUGUGAAUGAGUCGAAUUACUUAGCCCUCGGUCUCUUGGUGAACUCUCUCUCCAGGGAUUGUGAAAGAUGUUCGACUAGAAAUAGUCUUGUUAUUGCUUCGACUCAUAUUCCCCAAAAAGUGGAUCCCGCUCUAAUAGCCCCGAAUAAAUUAAAUACAUGCAUUAAAAUAAGAAGGCUUCUUAUUCCACAACAACGAAAGCACUUUUUCACUCUUUCCUAUACUAGGGGAUUUCACUUGGAAAAGAAAAUGUUCCAUACUAAUGGAUUCGAGUCCAUAACCAUGGGUUCCAGUGCACGAGAUCUUGUAGCACUUACCAAUGAGGCCUUAUCAAUUAGUAUUACACAGAAGAAAUCAAUUAUAGACACUAAUACAAUUAGAUCUGCUCUUCAUAGACAAACUUGGGAUUUGCGAUCCCAGGUAAGAUCGGUUCAGGAUCAUGGGAUCCUUUUCUAUCAGAUAGGAAGGGUUGUUGCACAAAAUGUACUUAUAAGUAAUUGCCCCAUAGAUCCUAUAUCUAUCUAUAUGAAGAAGAAAUCAUGUAACGAAGGGGAUUCUUAUUUGUACAAAUGGUACUUCGAACUUGGAACGAGCAUGAAGAAAUUCACGAUACUUCUUUAUCUUUUGAGUUGUUCUGCCGGAUCGGUCGCUCAAGACCUUUGGUCUCUACCCGGACCCGAUGAAAAAAAUAGGAUCACUUCUUAUGGAUUCAUUGAGAAUGAUUCGUCAUGUCAUAUAGGCCCGAGUCGGACAUCUAAUUGCUUAGAUUUGAAUUAUCCUUAUCCGGAGGAUGCCUUAUAUAUAUUAAUAUUAUAUCAAAAAGAUGGACAAUCAAACCUAUUUCUCGAUUCAAUAGAAGUCCAACCAAAGAGGUGA